AUGUGGAAGGCGAAGCUGGAGCCAGGCGUUGUCAGUUACAGCAUUGCGAUCAGCGCGUGCGGGAAGGGCGAGCAGUGGGAGCGGGCUUUGGCGCUGUUGAGCGAGAUGCGGGAGGCGAAGCUGAAGCCCGACGUGAUGAGCUACAGCGCUGCGAUCAGUGCGUGCGGGAAGGGCGAGCAGUGGCAGCGGGCCUUGGCGCUGCUGGGCGAGAUGUGGAAGGCGAAGCUGGAGCCAGGCGUCGUCUGCUACAGCGCUGGGAUCAGCGCGUGCGGGAAGGGCGAACAGUGGCAGCGGGCCUUGGCGCUGCUAAGCGAGAUGCGGGAGGCGAGGCUGGAGCCCAACGUCUCACCUACAGUGCUGGAAUUAGUGCUUGUGAGAAAGGCAGGCAGUGGCAGCGGGCCCUGUCGCUGCUCAGCGACAUGUGGGAGGCGAAGCUGGUGCCGAACUUGA